CGACAGGAGAUCUCGAAUAGAGAACCGGCCAAUCAUCAGCCUCAGCAGUCAGCAGAAGUCCUGAAGUAGACACUUCCCUUAUUGCUCUUCUUAAUUUUCCUUUCUAAAACCCUAAUAAAUUUCACCAAUUUCACAUCCUCAUUCCAAUUUUCCUUCCAAUUAAAGAAAUUGUGAUUCGAUUCCUAGGGUUCUCUUUGUUAGGUAUUUUCUUGAAUUAUUAAAAGCAACCAGUAGGGGGAAUCGUCGCGUGGCAAAAUGUUGGGUGGUUUGUACGGUGACCUCCCUCCCCCCUCGUCGGCGGAGGAGGAUAAAUCCGCUACCAACUCGUCCACGGUCUGGUCGAGCAGCACCUUGAUGGCGCCGCCAACCCUCCGCAAACCUUCCGUAGCGUUGGCGACGCCGCAAACCAUCCUAAAGUCCCAAAACAAGACGAAAGGCCAAAACUCUGCAUCCAAAAACAUAACGUCCCCAGCAGUGGCGCCGGUUCCCACUGUGCUGCCGGAAGAGCCUGCGCAACCGGCGCUCGUGGGGGUUACUUCUGUGGUAAUUGAGGAGUAUGAUCCAGCGAGGCCGAAUGAUUAUGAAGAGUAUAGGAGAGAGAAGAAGAGGAAAGCAUUGGAGGCCGAGAGAAUGAGGGAACUUGAGAGGAGGAGGCAAGAGGAGGAGGAGAGAGAAAGGAGGGAGAGGGAAGAGAGGGACAGGGAAAGAGAGAGGGACAGAAAUAUUUCAGGGGAAGAAGCUUGGAGGAGGCGCGCAGCGAUGAGUGGUGCUGUCCCAAGGUCGCCAUCACCCCCAAGUAACGGUGAGAGAUUUACUAUUGGGAAGUCGGAAACUGGUGGAUUGGGGGUUGGUGCAGGUGGACAAAUGACUGCUGCGCAAAGGAUGAUGGCAAAGAUGGGUUGGAAGGAGGGACAAGGUCUUGGGAAACAGGAGCAGGGGAUCACAACACCAUUGAUGGCAAAGAAGACUGAUCGUAGAGCUGGAGUGAUUGUGAAUGCUAGUGAGACAAAACCAGAGAAGAAGGUGAAGAGUGUGAAUUUCAAUGGACCACCUACUCGGGUUUUGAUGCUCAGGAACAUGGUGGGUCCUGGUGAGGUAGAUGAUGAGCUAGAAGAGGAGGUUGGAUCCGAGUGCUCGAAGUAUGGGACGGUUACUCGGGUUCUCAUAUUUGAGAUAACAGAGCCAAACUUCCCCCGUGAUGAGGCAGUCAGAAUAUUUGUACAGUUUGAGAGAUCAGAAGAAACAACAAAAGCAUUGAUCGAUCUCGAUGGUCGGUACUUUGGAGGUAAUGUGGUUCGUGCAACCUUCUAUGACGAGGAAAGGUUCAGUAAGAACGAAUUGGCUCCCAUGCCUGGUGAAAUCCCAGGUUUUUGACAGAUGCUUCAAUUCAAUAGCUUGCCAAAUUUUCUUUACUUGGGAUAAACUGAAACUUGGAAUGGACUCUUGUUUGGGUUCCCAGUUUAUCAAUGGGGAGAAGUAAACUGUGUUGUAAGUAAUUUAGGUUGGAGUUAAAAUUGUGCUUCUAACGAAAUUAACCAUUACUUUAAUGGUGAAUUGUUACUAUUUUAUGAACAAGAGAACAGCUUUUGCCCACCCUCUGCUCAUGAAUCAUGAAUUCCUUUUAUGGAUUCUUUAAGGGUAAAUUAUUAUCAA